CGAUCGACUGCUCGUUUUACAUUUUAGCUGCGGUUGUGUGUGUUUUUGUAAUUGUAUUACCGUGAAAUGUAAAUAUGAAGUGGAAUCUCGUUGCAUAUGCCAGCACAAACUCAAUUCUAUUGCGAAUUCCCCGAUUUGGAUGAGAACUAACGCAAACGCAACGAUCCAGUGAUCCAGUAGAGGAAUAUCCGAGGCGCAUUGAGUGGAUAGAUCGGUAGAAGACGACAACAGUGGGACGACGACAACGACGGUCUGGUGCUCAGGCGGCGCGGCGCGGUGUGGAACGGACGCAACACAGAAUGGAUGUUGAAAUACCUGUUUUGGCUGGAUAUCUUAAUGUUCCAACACAAACUGGAUUUUCGCUAAAUCGCAUCUCAAAAAAGAAACCAUGCAGUCGAUAUUGCCUGCUGUUCAAGGCCAGUCGACAUGGGAUUGCCCGCCUGGAGAUGUGCGAGAACAAGGACGAUAAGAAUCCCAAGAUAUUCACGCUCGAGAAUUGUGUGAAGAUCACACAGGACCCACCGCCGGACAAGCUCAUUCACAUUGUCAAGCACAAUGGCACACUCACCGUCAACACCAACAGCGAUGAGGAGCUAAAGGAUUGGAUCACAGCCCUCCAGACGGUCGCCUUCUGUGACACGGCAGCUGGAGGUCAUGCCGUCCAUGGCGGGGCCAUCGAGGAGGAUAACGACCUGUAUUGCAGCUCAUUUGAUGGCCUGUUCAUGAUUACGCUGAUACCCUCGGAGGCCUCCAUACGCUGCAGCAUCGAACCGAAGACGUACAUGCUCCAGAUGACGCCGACGGAGCUGCAACUGAAAUCGGAGGAUCUGAACGUAACGAUUGCCAUGUGGCCGUAUCGAUUCAUACGAAAGUAUGGCUACCGCGAUGGAAAGUUCACCUUCGAGGCGGGCCGCAAGUGCACCACCGGCGAGGGGGUCUUCACGCUGGAUCACACCAAUCCGCAGGAGGUAUUUCGCUGCAUGUCCGCCAAGAUGAAAUCGAUGAAGAAGCUGAUCAGCGGCGACAGCCUCAGCACGAUCGAGUGCGGUGAGAAUCAGUUUAGUGCCGCCGCUGGCAUGGAGCCGGGCUCUCGGAGCCCGUUGCCGCCAUCGCCAUCGAGCAAUCCGCACGCUGGCGAAUUCGAGAUAAACUCCACACAGAGCUGCAUAUCGUUGCGGGGAUUCAUUAGCUCCAAUGAUUCGCUGAAUAACUUUGCGGCGAGCAACGGCAGUGGAGGAGCGGCGGCAGCGGGCGGUGCUGGCGGUGGCGUCGUCACCUCGGUCACCCUCUCAGUGCCGCCCAACAGCUGCAGCAGCAACAGCAGCAAGCACAUUCCGAACAAGCCGCCGCGCAAGCUGGGUGGCUUGGUGCCUGCCAGCGGUCCUGGCAGCCAAAACCAUUGUGAUAAAUACAAGAAUAUUGUGAAAUAUGAACCUGUUGCCAUAACGACAUCCUCGCCCUCGGAUGCCAACAGUAAGAAUGGCGGCGGUAGUGGCUCCUCAAUGGUCAUCCUCAAGCCGCCCUCGCCGGAGACCACCACAUCGCGCUCUGGCAGCACCUCCAGCAUCUCCAGCACACCGCCGGACCUGCCGCUGCGCAACGAGAGCACCAAGCCGCUGCUGGAGCGCGAUUACGAGUGCAUCGAGAACAUUACGGAGGCAUGGCGCACACGCGGAGUCGGCGACGUACGGCACUGCGAGCGCAUACCCCCAAUACUCUGCGACACAUCGGAUUUUGUCCGCUCGCGAUCCGGAUCCACGCGCAAGGAUCUAGCGUCCCAGUCGAGUGGCAGCAACACCACCAAGAUCAUCGACAUCGACAUUGGCGAGGGCGUAACGUCCCCGACCCUGGCAGUAACGCCCAACAAUUCCGUGGGUGUGCUGAUGUCCUCGUCGGACUCCAACUACGAUCGGCUGGACUUCCUUUCGCCCAACAAUAAGACAUCCAGCGGCUACAAGACCAUCGUGAAUGUGACGCUGCCCGGUAAUCGAGUGCGCUGCAGUCCACCGCCGCCAAAUGAAUAUGAAUUGAUCGCUAGUCCCGAUACCGAGAGCUUUCGCAAGGCCGAUGACAGCCAUUUGGGGUAUGGCGUUUUACGAAAAUCAACGAGUGCCAAUAAUAACAAUAGCAACAACAACAACAACAUUGGAAUCUCUAGCAACAACAACAGCAAUGCAACAACGAACAAAAGCAACAACGAAUCUGCUCUAGAUCAUCGCAGCUAUAAUGGUCUGAACUAUACGAUUGUCAGCAAACCGAAAAGAGUGUGAAGUGUGGAGAGUUUAUCUGAGUGUGGCAAGCAAAAUUCGGUUUCCGUUUUAUCUCCCCAACCCCCUUCCGGCCCAAUCGUGCUUCAGAGCAGCAGGGACUCAAAAUAAUCCACAUCCCCCGAAUCUCUGCGUAUACAUAUCUACAUACGCUCUUGCAAAUCUCCAGGGUUAAUCCAAGCCAAACGAAGUGCUCCAACAGGCCUAUCCUUGUACUCGAUCGUUUGUACCGGUCAGGAGGAUGUACCCUGUCUCCCUGUCACCUGUUGCUGCCACCACCUCCCCCAAAAGUAGAGAUCUCCUUCCAUAGAGUGCAGGGCAUUCACAUAGAAUGUGUUCCAAUGUUUGAUUUACCAUAUCACAGAAUCUGCAGGUUUCGUAUCUCAUCGAUCGAGAGAGAUCUUGGCCUGUUUACACUGGCUACACGUUUCAAUGUAUCUUUUUCCUUUUGUGAGUCCACAGAAGAGUUCAUUUCGUGUCUCUCGAUCUCCUUAUGGCCUGGUACCGUAGUAAUCUGAUUUAACUGUUGGAGGCAUUCCUUAACCUAAAGUAUCUCCUCUAGAUCGAACGAAAGUUGUAUUAUUGUUUCUCGUUUCUGUUUUUUUUUUGUUAAAUUUAUAAUCUGUGAUUCUAUUUUUUUAAUAACUCCCAGCUCUGAAAGCACUGCCCGCCACUUGACUCUGAUUUUUCGUAGCAUUUUUUCAACCAAACUCAAACUCGACUCGCAGGCAUGAGAAUCAUUAUUACAGUGGAUGAUCGUUAGGGAAAGGACACCCAUUGAACUGAAUCGAGCACUAGAUACAUAAACAAUUCCAGUUAAAGCCAUCAGUUCCAUUAGGAGCAGUACAUUCACAUUUACAGAGGAUGUUUUUUUUUUCCAAGCGUAGAAUAUAUUUAUAUUCUAACCACCGGUUGAAUAUAUAUUUAUCUAAAACUCAAACACUUGCGUAAUGUUAAACAAUCUACUUAUGGAUUUAAAAAUGAAAUCGCAAAUGGUCCCUGUUCGCGUAUCAUAUCGCUUAUGCGAAAUUUUGUGCAACGAAUCAAUGUCAUUCGAUGACAUGCGAUGUGCCCUAGUGGAACACAGGGAUAGUCUUAUAUUAAGGUUAACAUUUGGGAAAAUAUCCCUGAAUCUAUUUUGGUAUUUAGUUGUAAAUCGGAACCGAUCGGAACAAUAUCAGAUCGGCUGACUGCAUAAUAUACAUAGCUGCCAUAGAAUUAUAAUCCGUCAUAUAUCAAUUUUGUUUUCAAGAUUACUUAAACAAAGCAUUCGAUAUACUUAAGUAUUAUAAAAUUCCUAAAACAUAACAUAAAGCUGCCAUCAGAUGGGUUUUGGUGUCUCCAGACAUAUGUAUGUGGCCGCGUUCUUUGCCAUAGAAAGAUCUGAGAUCGAAGCCCAAAACUUAUUGAGACUUUCAGGGUUUUCUUUUGUUUGUUUUUGUUUUUUGUCAAUCAAAAAUGCACUGUAAAUAUUUUUCUCACAGCAC